UAACAAUGGGGAUGACAUUCCUUAGAUGAUAUAAAAAACAUGGUGGUGGUUUGUUGAUCUUAUUAUCAGACACAAUCAUCUGUCAUCUGUCAAGUUAUUCAAGUUGUGGUGACUCAAUUUAUAUAAUAAAUAAUUAAAAAAUAAUAUUUAUUAUUUUAUAUUAUCAAUAUAACACCACCAACUUUUUGAUUAUUAUUUUUGUUAUUAACAAUAAUAAUUGCAUUAACCAAUUCAAGUAUUAUUUAUUUUCAAAUUAAAUUAUGAGUGCCAUGGAGUUGAUAAAAACCGGCAAGGUUGAAAAUGUUCGGAUGUUGGAUAGAUACAGCAAUAAUCAUUCAGUUGGAACAUUAUAUUUGACACCAACUCAUUUUGUAUUUAUGGAUUCAAAUGGAAAAAAACAAAUAUGGAUUUUAAAUACUCACAUUGCAAGUAUUGAUAAACAGCCAUUAACAGCAGCAGGAUCACCAUUACAUAUUAAAUGUAAACAUUUUUUGACAUUAACAUUUAUUAUAUCUAAAGAACGUGAUUGCCAUGAUAUUUUUAUAACACUUACAAAACUAUCAUCACCAGGAAAAAUUGAAGAUCUGUAUUGUUUUAAUUCACGUUUAACCAAAGAUUCAGAUGGUAAAUUUGAUGGAUGGAAUUUGUAUGAUACUCAGAGUGAAUUUCAAAGACAAGGUUUACCAAAUAGUGAAUGGUCAUUAACAUGUCUUAAUAUUAAUUAUGAAUUAUGUGAUACUUAUCCAAGACUUCUUUAUGUACCAACUGAUUGUACAAAUAAUAUUCUCAUUGGAAGUGCUAAAUUUAGAAGUAAAGGAAGAUUACCAGUAUUAACUUAUCUUCAUUCAAAUAAAGCUGCAAUUUGUCGAUGUAGUCAGCCACUGUCUGGUUUUAAUGCACGUUGUCCAGAAGAUGAACAAAUGCUUUAUCAUAUAUUAAUGACAAAUCCAACAAAUAAAUUUAUGUAUGUUGUUGAUACUAGACCAAGAAUAAAUGCAAUGGCAAAUCGUGCUGCUGGUAAAGGUUAUGAAAAUGAAAAUUUUUAUGAAAAUAUUAAAUUUCGUUUUUUUGGUAUUGAAAAUAUACAUGUUAUGCGUAAUAGUUUAUCAAAAUUAAUGGAAUUACAAAGAUCAACAUCAAUGAGUGCAUUUUUAUGUGGUUUAGAAAAUAGUGGAUGGUUAAAACAUAUACGUUCAAUAUUAGAAACUGGUUGGUUUAUUGCAAAAGCUGUUAAUAAUGGUACAACUGUUGUUGUACAUUGUAGUGAUGGAUGGGAUAGAACUGCACAAGUUUGUUCAAUUGCAGCAUUAUUAUUGGAUCCAUUUUAUCGUACAAUACAAGGAUUUCAGGCAUUGAUUGAAAAAGAUUGGCUUGCAUUUGGACAUAAAUUUAAUGAUCGUUGUGGACAUAUUAGUAGUGAUCCAAAAGAAUUAGCACCAAUAUUUACACAAUUUAUUGAUGCAACUUAUCAAUUACUUCGUCAAUUUCCAUACAUGUUUCAAUUUAAUGAAUAUUUUUUAUUGACUCUACAUGAUCAUGUUCAUAGCUGUCAGCAUGGUACAUUUGUUGGUAAUAGUGAGAAAGAAAGAAUUAUACUGAGAUUAUCUGAAAGAACAUGUUCAUUAUGGAGUGAUGUUGCAACACAAAUAAAUGAAUAUAUUAAUCCACUUUAUGCAUGUAAUAAAUAUAAAGAUGAAUGCAAUAAAUUAUUAGAACCAAAAUUAUCACCACAAUCAAUUGAAUUAUGGAGAGGCUUGUAUUUUAGAUAUGAAAAUGGUAUACAUGCUAGAGAAAGUGGUGAUGAUUAUUUAUUAAAAAUUCAUGAUCAUACAACAUCACUUGAAGAUCAUGCAAAAUUAUUAGUUAAAAGAUUAAAAUCAUUGGGUCAUAAUAUAACUGGUAAUACAACAAAUAAAAAUGAGACAAAUCAAAAAACAAUACAACCAAAGAAUAACUGUGAUAAUAAUGAUAUUAUUAAAAAUGAUGAAACAAUUGAUAAAACAUUAAUUGAAAAGCUAAAUGGUAAUGAUGAUGAUAGAGCCAAAGCAAAAUUAUUAAUGAAUCAAAUUGAAAUUGAAUUAAAGAGUGUUGCUUUGGAUUGGAAAUCAAGUAGUAAAAUUGAAGAAUGUUCAUGUUCAAUAACAUUUGAUGCAUUUAAUAAAAGAAAUCAUUGUUGGUCAUGUGGUAAUGUAUUUUGUACAAGAUGCAUGGCAAAUAGAAGUUUAUUACCUGGUCAUUUAACAAAACAAAUUGUACCAACUUGUAAAUCUUGCUCACAAUCAUCACCUCGUAUUGUUAAUUCAUGAAAUAAAACCAAUAAACAACGUAGAGAACAA